AUGCAAACAUUCCAGCCAACAUCUGUAAUCUUAUUACAUUAUUUAUUUACGUUCUGUAUUAUUGCACUACUUGUCUCGUCAUGUGCUGAGGCCUCAGUCAAGAUACUCGCCACCACCACAAGAAUUAAGCCGGACACAAUCCUGGAGAUGGACCUUCCUAAUCUUGGCUACGUCGAUCGAGUAAUUCCAAUCAGCAUGAAACAAGAUGGUUUCUUUAUUAUUGCAAGUGGACCUACUCAAAUUCACAGAGUGGAUUCAUCGUAUCAUGUUAAUUCCUUCAAGUUGGACAUUCCAAUGAAAUGGUUAAGUAUGGGCUCUGUUGAGAGAUGUGUUGGUGGUUUGUUAACAGCACAAUACAAUUUGAUGAAUCUUGUUUAUUCUGGUGGAGAAUUGGGCAAGGCCUAUAUUGUUCAAGUCAACUUGAAGAAUUUAACACAAAUUGCUGAGGUUAUUUCUCUUGGUGCCAAUAGUCAUGUGAUUGAUGUACAUGAAGAUAGUGAAUUGGGCUUGUUGCACAUUCUUGUAAAGAGAGCUCAAGCUCUUGUUCUUUUCAUUUUCGAUCCAAAGGAUAAUUACAUGAGAGAGCAAGGUUAUCCAUUGAUGACCACAGGAAAAUUGGCAGUCAUGAAAGAUGCAGGUCUUUUUGUUGGUAUUGGAAACUCACCUAUUCCCAAUUAUUACUCCUUGAACCACAUUCAUUGA